UUCCUCAUUUUGGUUAUGCUGCAACAAUAUAUGCAGGGGUUAGACGAAGAAGUGGCGGGGGCCAAGGAACUGGCUUACCAACCUAUGAAGAAUUCAGGACAUGGUGGAUUCAAGGCCACCUAUUUCAUAUUUGCCAUGAUGCUCCUGGACAACAUAGGCUUUGUGGCUAACAUGGCAAGCCUGGUUUUGUACUUCAUGUUUGUCCUGAAGUUCGACCUCUCCGGCUCCUCCACCACCACGACCAACUAUCUAGGCACCACCUUCUUGCUGACCCUCAUCGGAGGGUUCAUCUCGGACACCUACAUGACUCGUCUCAACACCGCCCUCUUCUUCGGCGCUAUCGAGCUGGUGGGAUAUCUGUUGGUGAUCAUCCAAUCCCACUACAAGAACCUCCAACCCGCGCCAUGUGCGGAAUCGUCAUGCGUUCAUGGCUCGAAGGCUCUCUUGUUCUACAUGUCAAUAUGCUUUAUGGGCCUUGGAGGAGGGGGCAUAAGAGGCUCAAUCCCUGCACUGGGGGCUGACCAAUUCGACCACCGCAAUCCAAAGGAGAGGAAGGACAUUGCCAGUUUCUUCAACUGGUUCUUGCUCAGCAUCACCAUUGGAGCCACCCUCGGAGUGACCUUCGUGGUGUAUUUGAGCACGGAGGUGAGGUGGGAUGUCGGAUUUGCGGUCUCGCUCUGUUGUGUCUUUUUCGGGAUUGUGUUCGUGGCCUUGGGGAAGAGGUUCUAUAGGGUCCGUGUGCCUGGAGAGAGCCCGCUCUUGAGGGUCGUUCAGGUUUUGGUGGUGGCAGUGAAGAACUGGAGAACGGAGGUGCCAAAGACCGCAGACGAGCUGUACGAAGUGCGAGAUCGCAAGUCUGUCAGGAGAGAGCUCAUCCCCCACACAUCUCAAUUCGGGUUUUUAGACAAAGCAGCAAUCCUCCCUAAGGGCACAGACCCAGCGAAAUGGAAGGUGUGCACAGUGACCCAAGUGGAGGAAGUCAAGAUCCUGACCAGGAUGAUGCCAAUCCUCCUAAGCACCAUUCUCAUGAACACAUGCUUGGCCCAAUUGCAGACCCUCUCAGUCCAACAAGGCACCCUCAUGGACACAAAACUCGGCCACUUCAUAGUCCCUCCGGCCUCGAUCCCGGUCAUCCCUCUAGUCUUCAUGUCCAUUCUCAUCCCCGUCUAUGAGUUCGCCUUUGUCCCCAUCAUCCGGAGGUUCACGGGCCACCCGAAUGGGAUCACCCACCUCCAGAGGGUCGGGGUCGGGCUUGUCCUCUCGGCCAUCUCGAUGGGCAUCGCCGGGCUUGUGGAGGUCAAGAGAAAGCAUGAGCUCCUCCGACAUAACCACAGGAUCAGCCUCUUCUGGCUCUCGAUCCACUAUGCGGUCUUCGGGAUAGCCGACAUGUUCACGCUCGUGGGCCUGAUGGAGUUCUUCUACAGGGAGGCCCCCCUGGGCAUGAGGUCGCUCUCAACCUCCUUCUCCUGGCUCUCUCUGUCGAUCGGGUACUACCUGAACUCAGUGUUCGUCAGGCUCAUCGACACGGUGACCCAGGGGUUGGGCAAGAGCAAGAGAGGGUGGCUACAGGGGAGGGACAUGAACGCAAACCACGCAGAGCGGUUCUAUUGGUUCCUGGCCAUCCUCAGUGUGCUCAACUUUGUGAAUUACUUGUUCUGGGCCAAUUGGUACAAGUACAAGGACAAUGUGCCUGGGGAUGAGGAGAUGCUUCUCAGAGCUGGGCCUAAUAACAAUGGCGCCACGACUGAUGACUCGUUCUCUACAAGGAUGAGCUUUGUUUCUAGGACUCAAGAUUUCUCUGUGACCCUAGAGAAAGAAGCAGAGAGCACAUCAAAAUAGAGGGAACUGAUGCAUUUUUUGGACUGCUCAUGUUUUUGUGAUGAACUAAAGACUACUAGGAUCUGGUGCUGUAUAGGAGUAGUGAAUGCUAGGUCAUGUUAAGAGGCUUUUUGAGAGUACAAGUGAGGGCAAGCUAUCUAGCAAUCCUACCUGUUAUCUACUCCCAAAAUUUGGGAUGAAAAGUUGAAGUCAUUUGGAAGGAAAUGGAAAGUGACUAGUCGAGUAUGAAAGAGAUGACAUUUACGAAUGAUAUGUG